AUGUUGCACGGUCUGUUUCAAGGAAUUUUAGGUGAACAACAUCGUGAAGAAAGGCGGAAGUUGCUUAGACGAUCCAAAAUUUCUGAUAUUCUUUUUUAUAGUAGUGCAUACGACUAUCGGUUCAUACGAAUCUUGCUUAAUUUUCCAAUUGGUUUUGCUAUUGCUUAUAUGCUAUAUAAAUUUGCAUGGUAUCGCGUUAACUUCGCGGAUUUCGAUGAAAUUUUCGGCCAAGUUUUCUUCUGGAGCUUGAUCUUGACAAGCGCUGUCGUAUUUGCAACAAAUCCAGUAUUUCGCUGUGCGGUGAUAUGUGUACUUUUCAGUGCUUUAGGAAGAAAUGGUCAGGGACUUUUAUCUGUCAUUAUUUUUAACCAUCUUAAUGAGGGCCCGAUAGAUCGUAUUAUUUCUAAUCUGAAUCUCAGUGCUAAUGUAAUUGCUUGUCACCUCGCUAUUAAAGAAGAAAUGACAAAGCAAAGAGUUAUUAUGUCAACUGGACCAGCUGAAGCUUUUUUAAGCGAAAAAUUUGGAAAGUCCUCAUUAAAAGGAAGAAAAGUGAUUGCAAUGUUGAAAGCACUCGUAGAACCGAUAUCUUAUGAUUUUACAGUAAGCGAAGAGGAUAAAGCACUUGCAGCCACUAUCGAUGGAGCUGAGGCAAUUUUUAUUAUAAAAUAA